CCUCACGCAUCCUCCGAAUUCCCGUGAAAGAAGGUCGCGUUCGAAGUGUCCUACUUGCUUUUCUGAAACGAGACAGCCUCGAUGACGUAUGCGGCCGACAAAUGCGGCCGACAAAUGCGACCUCUGGAGGACGCAGCCUUCCAAAUGAGACACAGCCAUGGUCACUCACUGUAGGUGAAUGUGAUCCUGCGGGCUUUAGGGCCCGUUUGAGCGCUUCUCCUGUCGUCCAUGACGAGCUCCGUGUGUUUACAGUGAGAAUUGUAAGGCAGGAAUUUUCUACCAUCAAAUAUUUAAACAUUAUUUGCAUCCAUACAAAAGUUCCAAUGGAGACAGAGAUCCUGUGACACAGUCUGAAGUUUUUGCAUGUUGCAUUUCAGUUAUUCGGAUGGAGUCCUCGUGGGGCACUGGCGGUCAUUCCCGCGAAUACAAAUUGGUGAUGUUAGGAGAGGGGGGUGUGGGCAAAAGCGCCAUCAUCAUGCAGUUUAUAAGUCACAGAUUCCCAGAAGAUCAUGACCCUACUAUUGAGGAUGCCUAUAAAACGCAGAUCCGCAUAGACGAUGAGCCAGCAAACUUGGACAUCUUGGACACAGCAGGACAGGCGGAGUUCACAGCGAUGCGUGAUCAGUACAUGCGGGCAGGCGAAGGUUUCAUCAUCUCAUACUCCAUCACAGACCGCCGCAGUUUCCAGGAGGCACGGCACUUUAAGCAGCUGAUCUACCGCGUGCGACGCACUGUGGACACGCCUGUUGUACUGGUGGGAAACAAGUCUGACCUGGCCCAUCUCAGACAGGUGUCUGUGGAGGAGGGCAAACAGUUGGCGAGAGAGUUCCAGUGCCCUUUUUUUGAGACCUCCGCUGCGUUCCGUUACUAUAUUGACGAGGUGUUUGCCGCACUGGUGCGUCAGAUCCGUCAGCGUGAGGCUGAGAUGGUGCGGGGGAGCGAGAGAAAAACUCGACGGAGCCAUUCUUUCUGGAGUCGCCUGAAAGCUCCCUUCCACAGGAAACAGCAGUCCGAGCACUGAGAGAGCCACAGAGAAAAGCAUGAUGGGGCAGCAUGGCUCUCUUGCCUGCAGCUGUAUUAGUUCCACCCCUCUUAGGUGGAGUGAGGACUCUUUUCAUAGUUUAUAUUUGACUGGUUGCAAUGAAGCACUCCUAAUCAUUUCAGAUGGAAAUUAGACUACAAACCUCAACGUGCAGGGCACACUUAUGGGAUGUGGGCUGAUUUACUGAUUUUAGUGUUUAGAAAAUAAAUAUUAAACUUGUCAGUAAUGUCUUUUUUAAUUUUUUGGGAAGCAUUAUAUAUGUAAAGGUGAAAUUCAGGGGAAUUAUUGUCACCUCACAUUUUAACUGGUGCAAAGGCAGGUAAUGCGGCGCAGAAGGAUAGAUUCUGUAAAUGAAAAACUGUAAUGGAAAGUCUGAAGUGACAAGAGAGGUAAAGUUAUUUCCGAUACCGGAUCAAAGAUGUGCUGAGAAGAAAUGAUAGGUGGAAUGAGCUUGAAUAGAGAGCAUGUUGGCAGAGUAAAAAGAAAGAGCAAAGUGUGUGCAAAGGUGAAUUGUGGAUAAAUAGGCUAAAGGUUCAUGGUAGGAAUUUUAACUUCAUUUGCCAGUAUAAGUACUGUAAACCAUUCCUUUAACCUGACUGUAGUUUUUUUUUUUUGUUUUUUUGUAUCUAGUAGCAUUUGAAAUACCAUGACUAUAGUUAAAAGUAUGAAAGUAUGGCACAAAUUCUAUUUGAGUUGAACUCGAUAGUUUCUUUUGAAAACUGAGUGAAUCUCAAAUUAUAUGUCUGGCCAUAUUUCACCCCAAAAUUAAAAGAAUUUAAUAAAACAAAAAAUUAAUUCAAAUAUAUAUAAGAAAAUGAGAAGGAGAAUGAGAUUUCUUUACAUUAUGAUAAUGUGAACAGAGGGUAAAUAUAAUAAUAUAAUUUCUUGUUUAUUUUCUUUCUUUUGAUUUUGGGGUGAAAUAUGACCUGGAAAUAUUCUUGACAGGUUUGUUCAGAAGAGGUUGCGAAGUACUUUGCAUGAAUGACUUUGUGUAAACUUUUAACCACACAAACAGAUUGAGCGACUUGAUUACGGUGGUAAACAGAAUUGUAUCCUUUUUACACCAUGGGUAUUUUUUUUUUUUUUUUCUGUAGGAAGUAUUAGACAGAUCUCUUGUGGUUUUAUGAAGGUGUCUCCAUAUGUAGAUUUCCUCUUACAAAUACUGUGCACUUACUACAUGUCAAAUUUGAAUGGUAUGUCUGUUUAUAUUGGCAUUUCAUCCAAAAUCAUGUUAUUAGUUUUCUUGUGAUUAUUAGAUUUUAUUUUUUACUUUUAACCAGAAUGAUCUUACUAUAUUUUCCUUUAUUUAUUGUCAUCAAAGAUACUCAAAUAAAAUUGGUCAAAUUAAUCUAUCUCACGGUUUGAUGAUGAUGAUUAUUAUUAUUAAUAGUGUAGUGAUUAAAUAUCAGUAUUAUUUAGUCUUCAUUUUGAGUUCCUGGCGACCCCUUAUGGCUGUUAAUAUUUUUGUCAGAUACUGAGCAAUUACAGUACAGUUUUAUUUUU